AUGUUCAUCCGAGUGACGGUGUGUUUCAGAGCACAGGGCACCUUUGGGUCCAGGAAUAGUUGUAGUGUCCAUCCACGAAGAUUUCUUUGUAUGGCUGCAGCAGAGACGGUCGUAGCUGACAGUGCAGGAGCAAGAAGAAGAGGAGGCAUGGAAAGACAAGUGAAGAGCUUUGAGGAGAUCCCUCACACAGGUAAGAACAGCUGGGUAAACUUGGUGAAGUUCUGGAAAGAGGAUCGUUUUCGGCAUCUCCACAAACACAUGGAAAAGACCUUCAUCGCUCUGGGCCCCAUUUACAGGUACAGCUCGAUUAACCAAUAACCAGCUUGAAUAUGAAAAAUGUGGAAAAUCAAAGUUUAACCCAAUUGUGUUAAAAGCACAUUUCUGUGUGUGUAUGUGUGUGAAGGGAGCAUGUGGGGACCCACAGCAGUGUAAACAUCAUGUUACCAUCUGACAUCGGGGAGCUGUUUCGCUCUGAGGGACUGCAUCCUCGACGCAUGACCUUGCAGCCCUGGACAACCCAUAGAGAGACCCGCAAACACAGCAAGGGAGUCUUUCUCAAGUCAGUGGCACACCUGUUUGUAUGCAUGUGCACUGCUCAUGGAUAUCUGUAAAUUUAGGGACCAAACUAACUUUUGGGGAUGAAGCACAAAGUCCCCACUUUGAGUAUAAAUCAAGUAAAAGAUAGGUUUGUGUUUUUUGUUUGUUUGUCUGUUUUUUGGCAUGUUGUGGUUUUUGUAAAGACAGUCUGGUGUUGUGUCAGUCUUCUCGCCUCCAUCAGGGAUGCGUCUUUUUUUUAAAGUCGCAAAAUCGCAUCACACUUGAUGUGUAUGGUCAGGCGCGUCAAAAUUCACCUCGGAAUAUUUUGUAAUUUUGUGUCGUAUAUUUGCGUCGUUCCUGGUCUGUAAGGACCUUUAGCCUCCAGAUCAUGAAGGCACAGAUUUCAUCCCAGCAUUUAUACAUCUUUGAUAUGUCAGUCUACACGUGUGUUUAGUAUGUGAAAGCUCUCACAGAUGAGGUUAGGUUCAGUUUGGUGGUUAUGUCUCAGUACAUUUGAGUAAAAGUACUAAAAGAUGAACUAAUUGGAUUUAUGAGUACGAUCGAUACAGAUUAUACGGAUGAUUACAACCUGUACCUUAGAAAACAUGAAGUACAGGAAGAGAACAUUUUGUAAAGCUUCUUCUCUAACCCAUUUUCUUUGCUUCACAGUCUCAUGCCGUUUUCUCUCCACAGGAACGGCGAGGAGUGGCGGUCUGACCGUCUACUGCUUAACAAGGAGGUGAUGAUGACUUCGGCCGUGAAGCGCUUCCUCCCUCUGCUUGAUGAGGUGGCGAGUGAUUUCUGUCGAAUGCUGCGGGCCAGAGUGGAGAGGGAGGGGAGAGGCAAGGAAGGGGAACGCUGUCUGACCAUGGAUCCAAGUGCUGACCUUUUUCGCUUUGCAUUGGAAGGUCAGAAGUCGUCAUUCCCGGUGGUUUUUCAUCUCAGGUUUCCUCCAGUGGUCUCAUGUUUGAUUGGGCUGUUGAGUUAAAGUUUAAUUUGGAGGACGUUAAACAAAUUCUGCUUCUUCUGUGGAAGAGGGAGUGAAGUGUGAAGAGUGGGGUCUCCCACCUCUCACUGUUAAGUCUGGUUUUCAUUCAGCUAUAACAGACACUUCAGUCCUUUUUGAGGAGUAGGAAGGGGAGGUUAUGGGUUGAUGUCUCCGGGUUGACUCACAAAAGCUGACGUAUGUUUGACACCGAAUUACGUCAGAGAAAUAAAACAAUCCGCAGAAACAUCCCUUUACAUUUCCAAAGACACCUUUCCCAAGUUACAUCUCUGCUUACGUCUUACCUUUUUACCCUGACAUAAAUCAACUCACAGGAGACUAAUUCUCAAUUUAUCCGGGAACAUGGAUCUUUAAAAAUAGAAACGCCAACAAAGAGGAUAAAAGCAUCAGCAUUUUUUCACCACGCCGGCUCCUUUCUUGUGCCUAUCUGCAGCCAGCCACACUCACAAGUGUGAAAGCUUGUGUGAGUCAGACUGCUGCACACUUAUGUGGAUUUGUGUGUUUGUGUGUGUGUCUGUGUGUGUGUAUAGGGGGGGGGGGGGGGUGACUUUGAGUCAUGCUGCUUUACUCUUAAUGGACCACGACACACCAGGCCAGGUGCUAAGCCAGGAUAGAAAUAGGCUGCCAAGAAACUCUAUUCCAGUCGGUGAUGUGCAGUCAAUAUGACACAAAUGGGUCUGAUGGAUGAUGGAUGUUUUCCUGGGUCCAGAUCUUUGCAUGUGUCCACUCCGCUGAUUUGAUUUCACUGUUUGUCGGGCAUUAUGGCAUGAAACCGGAUUUUUCGUCUGCUAGAAAGGUAAUCAAUCCAAUAGGCUCAGCUGGGGGGGAGUUAAUAAUUAGCCAACCAGAGCCAAAGCUGGGAUUUAAUCCAGUAUCCACUUCUUAUUCAGUGAACAACAGGUUCUGUUUGAUAUCUGUUCGACGUCUUAAUUUGUUGUGUUUGGUUGAAGAGGUGAAUAUUCUGCAAAAGCAGUUUGAUUUUAUGGCCAUGUGUCGGCUAAGAUGUCUGUGUGAUGUGAAUUAGUUGGAAAAAACAGGACCCCCUCCUGAGGAAGCCUUCAUCAGGGUUCAAGCCUGUUUGACUUAAAGGUGGGGUAGGCAGGAUUCUGUUAAAGAAACAAGCUUUUGAUAUCAGUCAAUAGCUAUUAGUUAUUGAUGACAUUUGGUAAUAAAACGAUAUCGCUGUGUUCUCUUAUGUCUGUAUGGUCAACAUUUUAGAAUUUUGGAGCGUCCUGCUCAUUCUGACUGUAAACACAGCCAUUCUCCACCUCCCCAACUUGAUUGGUUGUGAUGCGGAUGCUGCUCCCUCGUGUUGUGGGGCAUGCUCCACGUCCUCUAAUAAUGUUCACGAGCCCAAACAAAGUUAGCGUGCUACAACAUCGGAAAGUAGAAACCAACCAGAAAAUAAGGAAAACUGUCUGAAUCCUCCUUUGGCCACGACUGCCAACACAAGCAAGAGAAAGAAGUAAACGCCAAAACUCUGGCAGGUAGAGCAGACAAAAGCUAAAAAGACGGGUCAACAUCCAUGGAGCUAGCAUACACGAUGGGGGUCGCUUCAGGAUCUUACGGACCCUGUAACCUCUCUGCUGGACCGGUAAACUGCCUUUAGUAGGCAAAGUGUCUGUAACAGAAGUAUUUCUUGUCAAACAGGAUCUGCUGUAGCAUGUUGUAGCGCUGCUAAACUGUUGACCUCGGGUCCUGGACUAUGUCACUUUAUCCUAGUUGUAGAAGUCCUGCAAACAUUGUGUUUGUUGGUAGUCUGUUGGCAUCUACAGUAGCACCAAUGCUUUUUACUUUCACGUUGACUGGGCCCCAUUUGUAAUGAUCUUAAGUAUUUAUCUGCAUUAUAUCUGCAGUUAACUGGAACGAUAUGAGCUAGCAGGAGCGUCUGUUUGUGGGCGGGGCUUGUUGGAGCAGAGAGGGAAGCGGAAGGAGAGGAAGGGUAGUGUUUACAUUCAAGAUUUCCCCAAGUACUGGCAUUUCCUCAGAUCCUGCCUUCCUCACCUUUAAUGCUAAUUUAAAGUUAGGGAUCCACCUGAAAUUACAAUUGUUAUAUCAGCUGCCUGUAAAAACAUCCAGUCACCCCUUUCUGAGAGAUUAAAACUCUAUGCUAGGACUGUUGAGGACCUGUGUUUGGGACCUGUCCUCUAAGGCCCUGUGAACACGCUUUAGGCUCAUAUUGAUGAGAAUGAAAGUUUUAGGUACAUUUUGAGAUAUUUUAUAACCAGACUCAGACUUUGCCACAGACUCCGAUGGAGGCAGCUCCUCUGAGACAGAGUGGAGUGUGCACUCUGAAAGCAAAAUCAGCCGUCUGCUUUAGAGCUACAUUUGAAAAAGCACAACAUAUUUUCUGGCUGUCACAGACACAGUUUUUGAGGGGGGUUAUUUUAAGAUAUGUCAGCUCAUAGUACUGUGUAAUCCUCAUAUUUCAAGCUUGAAAAUAUGAGCCUCAUGGAGUAUGUUAAUCUGCUUAGAAAACUGUCACCCUCUAGUUCAUUUUCCUGUAAAGCCUUUUAGAGAUCAUUUGAAAGUAGUCUAAGCAUUUUUAAGUAUUUGGUCGAUGACCUUGAAACUCUUGUCUCACCCUCAUGCACCCUACCCUCCCUCCUUUUCUUCCUCCUUUCCUCCCCCCUUUCCCCUUGUCCUUUCCUCCCUCCUUUCAGCCAGUUGUCAUGUGAUCUACGGGGAGCGUAUUGGCCUCUUUUCCUCGACUCCCUCAAUGGAGUCACAAAAGUUUAUCUGGGCCGUGGAGCGAAUGUUGGCCACCACCCUUCCUCUCCUUUACCUGCCCCCUCGCCUGCUGCUCCGUAUCGGUGCUCCCCUGUGGACACAGCACGCCAGUGCAUGGGACCACAUCUUCAGCCAUGGUAGGAGGAGCCGCAGGCAAAGAAUCAUUUUCACUUACCUGUGGAUUUUAGUUUAUCUCCUCAGUGUUACUGUCCUGGUUUUCUUCCAGCAGAGGCAAGAAUUCAGAGGGGGUACCAGCGGCUAUCAUCCUCGAAGAGGAAAGGGCCUGAGGCCGGAGCAGCUGAAGGCCAGUUCACCGGUGUUCUGGGGCAGCUUCUGGAGAAAGGCCAGCUAUCUUUGGACCUCAUCAAAGCCAACAUCACUGAACUGAUGGCUGGAGGGGUUGACACGGUGUUUGCACCUGUGAUUUUCGGCUGUAUUUAAAACUCAUGUCUUUAUGUGAUUGACUCUGUGUAACCUCGUAUUAAUCCUCUCUGCAGACAGCGAUUCCCCUGCAGUUUGCACUGUUUGAGCUCGGUCGAAAUCCGGAGGUACAGGAGAAGGUGAGGCAGCAGGUGAGGACGUCAUGGUCACAGGCUGGAGGGGAUCCUCAGAAAGCCCUGCAGGGGGCGCCACUACUGAAAGGCAUAGUGAAGGAGACUCUCAGGUACGAAUCACUACAGAGGCAUUAUUAACCUAUUUUUGUCACCCAGGGAGAUUUCUGAACACUCACCACAAAGUCAUCUCACCAACUCUACAAGGAUAUCAGAAUUCAUGAUUUAUGUUUUAAAAAAGCCAUCUCGAUUACAUAUGAUCAAACUCCCUCAGCUGACUUGCAGUGCAUUGGAUACAAAGACCAUCGAGAAGUUUAAGCUUCACUUUGUGAAACUUUACUUUGACUUGGAGCGUAAACAUUUCACAUGCCAGAGUGAUGGAUUAAAGAAGAGAAAAACAAGCUCUGCCUCUGGAUCAAUAGAAAAGGAAGAUGUGCUCUGGGCUUUGGAACUGGAGUCCACAAGUCUGUUUCUGUUACAAAUGUUCAAAUAUCACAAAUGAGAAUUGAUUUCCAGUAAUCCUGAGGUCUAAAAGGAGUCAGAAGAGAAAAGCUUGUUUUUGUUGUUUCAGGUUAUAUCCAGUGGGGAUCACAGUGCAAAGAUAUCCUGUCAGGGAUAUUGUUCUUCAGAAUUACCACAUACCUGCUGGAGUAAGUGACCAGAAUGAAACUCUCUCCUCAAAUUCUUUCACAUGCCAACAUCGACGUACAUCUGAUGACACGUAACUCUCCCUCAGACGAUGGUCCAGGCCUGUCUGUACCCCUUAGGCAGGAGUUCGCAGGUGUUCGAGGAUCCACAGCGCUUUGACCCUGGCCGGUGGAGCAGCAGCAGCAGCAGAGAAGAAGGCCAGAGUGUGGAGGGGGCAGGCUUUCGCUCUUUGGCGUUUGGGUUCGGGGCGAGACAAUGUGUCGGACGGAGGAUUGCUGAGAAUGAGAUGCAGAUUUUCCUAAUGCAUGUGAGUCACGGCAGAUACGUGAAGGAGGAUGAGGACUGAGAUCAGACCUGAUACGACUGGAAAGAAAAAAAAGUGUUCAAAGUGGUGUUGAGGGAAAAGAUCAAAAUGACAGAUUUAAACGUCUUGUUAAGCAGUCAUUAAGUAUAAUUCAAGCCGAAGUAUCACAAACAAUUACAAGUUUCUAAAGCUGACUUUAACAGGAAUCUGCCUGUGUGUUGCAUUUUAAUACUCUAGUUUUAUCUGUUAGGUGUCAGUGUUUCAGCAUGCUGAGGUGGAGCACCCUUGAACUAUUACGUACAGAGUUAUGUAGUUUGUCCAGUGGUUACUGACCUGCAGGUCUCGGCCCCUCUAAAGAGCAGUAAAGGGCAGUAAGGUUAUCAAUCAGUGAGACAGAAAAAAAAAGUCAAACUUCACAAUUCGUGUUUACUUUUGAGACUUUUCUGCAGUAUUUUUUCUUUAAUAGAAAACUGGACAUUUCGACUGUUCGGGCCUCCAGCAGGGAUUUAAAUGGAACCAUAUAAGACAUCCUGAGGGAGAACCUUUUUUUGUUCAGAAAGUUCUGUUGUAAGAUUUCAGUAACACUUUAUUUGACGCCUGUCUGUAUAAUGCAUUAUAAACAUAUGUAUUAUGUGUUAUAAUCAAGUUAUAGCACUUUAUUACUAUAGUUAUAAACACCAAUAAAUGAUCAUAAUGCUUCAUAGCAAUAAUCAUAACACAUUAUAAAGCAUUUUAUCAUGACUCACAAGAUCAGGUAUUAUAAUGUGUUAUAACUGUUAACAACUCACAUAGAUGAUGCAAUGCAACUGUUGUUAACAGUUAUAACACUUUAUAAUACCUGACCCUAUGAGUCAUGAUGAAAUGCUUUAUAAUGUGUUGUGAUUAUUGCUAUAAAUCAUUAUGAUCAUUUAUGAGUGUUUAUAACUGUAGUAACACAGUGCUAUAACGUGAUUAUAACACAUAAUACCUAUAUUAUACGUUAUACAGACAGGCAUCAAAGUGUUACCAAGAUCUCAAAUAUAAAAGAAAAGGGGGAUAAUUUAUGCUCAUAUUUCCAAUCUGCAGAGUCACUUUUAACAGGAUUUAACAGGAUCUAAAGAUCUACCAGAGCAGUAAAAUGUCUCCCUGAAUCAGUCGAGUGUAGAAGUAUCACAGGUCACGUUUCGUUCUUAAUAUAUUCAGAUAUCUUCUUGCACUGCUUUCAAGUAACACAGAACUAUGAUCCUUCUUAACAUCAGCUCUACUUCUCCACUUCCUCUCCCCUCCUCCUUCCUCGCCUCCCUUUAUCCUCCCUUCCUCUCUCUCCGCCCUCCUUGUCUAGAUCCUGCUGAGCUUCCAUCUCAGCGUGUCGUCCUCAGAGGACAUCAAAACCACAUACACCCUCAUCCUCCAGCCUGAGAUGCCACCAAGGAUCACUUUCAGAAAGCUCUGA